AUGGUCCUCAACGGACCAUACUUUAAAGAAACCAUGCCACUAUGCAGAGUUGUUUAUCAAAUAACUUCGGACAGGUAUAUAAGUCAUUCAGCCUGUGCUUUAUCUGAGCUCUGUGGAACUUUAGUGGCCGUCGAUAAAAAGCAGUUUUCCUGUUACUGUACAGUUUUACCUCUUGGAGCUCAACAGCAACUGAUAAAACUGUCAUUUAGCAUGGAACUAGAUGUACACAGGCAUACAGCUAAUGCUAUGCUAAGCAAUAGCAGUGUUAGAAAGUAAAAGAUAAUUUGUACAGAAUAAGUGGGACAAGAUAAUGUGCUACACUCCCUUCUGUAACCAUUUGAGAAGAAGGGAGGGGGGAGUGAGGAGAUGCAGCACAAAGAAAUUCUGUAUAACUGAAGUCAGUCAGCCAUCAGUGAGAAAGGUAUGUUUGUUGGACAGUGCUGUCCCAUUUCUGUAUGAUUGAAGUGUGCUGCUGUACAGGAGAUAUUUUCAAUGCACAAGUAUUAUCUAAUUACAGCAGUACACCAGGAGGCAGCUGAAGGAAAGCAUUCACUUCUUCAGCUACAUCAAGUGGCAGAGUCACUAACUGUCGUAACCCAUUUUAUUCGCUAUUGUUCAUCUGUUCUUAGCAAGGCCUCAAACACGAUGGUACGGCAUGAACUGUUGUUUACAAUACGUGAAGAGGAUAUACAUGGCUGUUGUUUGCCGACCACAGUGAUGAAGAGGACCUCAUUCACGAUGACGAAGAUCAGAGUUUCUUGCUUGAAGCUGUUGACAGUGUUACCCAGGAAGUGAUCAUAGAGCAUCCUGAUCCUUCAUCAUCAACUUUACCCAGCUCUAGCACAAACCUAGCUUGUACAGCUCUACCUGUCAAACCUUUGAUGUUCUAUGGCUUACCGAAACGUAAAUGUACACUCCAGACUUCAGCAGUGAAUUCUGAAGAAAGAGAGCAACUGCCUCUGCCGAAAAAGUCGUGAUCUAGUUCAAAAACUCUGUCAUUGAUCACUGGUUUUGACUUUAGGUGGAAAAGGGGAGCAACUAAAGUCAUAACAAACACUACUGAAUAUGACUAUGGACAAGUGAACUUGAAAUUAGAUGACUCUGCAGAUAUUGAUGCUGUUGAAGUCUUUGAACAAGCAUCUGAUUUCAGCACUUUAGUCUCACUCGUUGUGGAGCAAAGUGAGCUUUAUAUGAAAGAGAAGGGCAUUCCAUUUCAGACAAAUGAAGAUGAGCUUCGAGCCUUCUUUGGAAUAUGUCUUGUUAUGGGGUAUCAUGUUCUGCCAUCGAUCAGAGACUAUUGGUCUACUCAGCCAGAUCUUCCGGUACCAGUUAUAGCAAAUACAAUGAGUCGUGCUCGCAUUGAAGCAAUUCGCUCUGCUUUGCACUUUACAAAUAAUGAGGACAUGUUACCUAGAACUCAUCCCCAGUGUGAUAGAGCUUUCAAAGUCCGUCCAUUGAUCGAGCACUUCAAUCGAUGCUUCCAGGCUGUGAGAAAUCCAAGCAAGCAACAGUCGAUUGAUGAGCACCUGAUAAAAUAUAAAGGUCAAAACAUCAUGAAGCAGUACAUCAGAAACAAGCCUGUGAAAUGGGGAUUCAAGCUAUGGUGCAGAUGUGAUGCUAUCUCAGGCUACCUUUAUCAGUUUGGCAUCUAUACUGGACGAAAAACAGACACAUAA